GGGCCCCGUAAUAUAUUUAUUUUGGUGAUAGAAAUGGCAUACCGCAUGAGGAAGGCGUUGGACACCCUCAACGCGUUGCCUUUUUAGCACAUGCCAUUGCGCAGUCCGGUGUCAUGUAGUGAUUUUUGAAGUGCAGUAGUAACUACUGUAAUAUGGGGAAAGGGCGCAAAGGCACGACCACUGAAAGCUCGCCCGUGUAAGAAUAAAGGACCGCACUGAGGCACAUAGGUCCCGAAAAAGCGAUUGGCAAUAGAUUAGUAUCUAGAUGCUUCUUGUUUCACAUUGUGUUAUACUGUUUGGAAGCUAGUAGGUUACGUGACCAACGUCGGUCAUGGGCGUCUCACCAUCCGCACAUCGCGAGGCAGCCGCGACUAUUGAAUGCCAGAGUUGCGCUGACAGCUUUCCUAUCAGUUCACUUACCUGUGCUGGCGCUGAUGCUGCAUCCUCUAGCAGCGCUACCGCCGGCUGCGGUCACUACUUCUGCACUGCAUGCAUGACGGAGUACGUGCGCAGCGCUGUGAGGGAGCGCAAGACUUCCGUGAUGUGCCCCAUGGCUUCGGGCAGAGCUGUUGGAGGGCUCUGCCGAAUGACACUGUCCCGGGACGCCGUUAUGGCACUCUUGAAGGACCACCCUGCUGACCGUCAGCGCUAUGAGGAGUCCGAGGCGAGCUCCCUCAUCUCCGCCUCCGCGCGCAUCUACUGCCCGCACGCCGACUGCUCCUGCCCCCUGGAGCUGGCGGACCUGGCGGACGUGCCGCCCGACCAGCCCGCCGUGUGCCCCGCCUGCUGGAGGGCCUUUUGCCCCCGCUGCCGUACGACAGGCUGGCACCAGUCCUACACCUGCGAGGAGCACCAGCAGCUGCCUCCGCAGCUACAGAGCCGGCCGGCGGAGGAGGCGGCCUCGCUGACCCUCAUCCGCACCCGCGCCUGGCAGCCCUGCCCCGACUGCCAUAUGAUGGUGGAGCGGAGCGAGGGGUGCAACCACAUGCGCUGCCGCUGCGGGGCGGAGUUCUGCUACGCUUGCGGUGCACUGUACGACAGCCGAACAGGGCUCAAGAGCUGCAGCUGCGCGCUGUUCUAUGUGCCGCCGGACACGGGCAAUGUGGGCGUGGUAGGAGGUUGUUGGGAGGCGUUGGUGCAGGGGCGAACACCGCUGCUGCGGCUGCAGCAACAGCAGCAGCCCCAGCCCGGCCGGCAGUGGCAGCACAGCAACCCGUCAACCCAGCUCUACCUCCCGCGGGCCCGCUUCCAGAUGCAACUUCGGCCCAGCGGGCUGCGGUGGUUCUGGAGCGGCAGGCGGCUGGAGAGGCACAGGCGGCCCCCGCGGUGCUACGUCCCUGGCGCAACGGGCGCAGGGUGAGUCGCACGCCCUGCCGCAGCUCGCGCACCCUGGCAGGCUGCCCCCGCGGGGAGGAGUGCUGGUUUUGGCACGUGGAGGAUGG